UCCGGGGAUGAGGAGGCGGCGGCGCGCCGAGACGAUGCUCCGGACCUGAAGAGACGCCGGCACAAGGCGCGGCGGCCGAGCGCAGCGCCGACCCGCGGGAUGGCUCAGCCGGCGGGCCCGGCGGGCGGCGGGGAGCCCCGGGCGGAGCCGGCGGGUGGCGAGGGGCCGCCGGACCCCGAGGCGGCGGGCGGCCCGCCGGACGCGCUGAGCUUGGAGGAGAUACUGAGGCUCUACAACCAGCCCAUCAACGAGGAGCAGGCGUGGGCCGUGUGCUACCAGUGCUGCGGCUCCCUGCGUGCCGCGGACGCCGGCCGCCGCCAGCCCCGCCACCGCGUGCGCUCAGCCGCGCAGAUCCGUGUCUGGAGGGACGGCGCCGUCACCCUGGCGCCCGGCGACGCGGGAGAGCCGCCCCCCGCUGCGGGUAAAUUGGGAUACUCACAUUGUACAGAGACAGAGGUUAUUGAAUCUUUGGGAAUUGUUAUUUAUAAAGCACUGGACUAUGGUUUGAAGGAGAAUGAAGAAAGGGAGUUAAGCCCACCUCUAGAGCAGCUCAUUGAUCACAUGGCCAACACGGUCGAAGCUGAUGGCAGCAAUGAUGAGGGCUAUGAGGCUGCGGAUGAAGGCCUGGAAGAUGAAGAAGAUGAAAAGAGAAAAGUCUCAGCCAUCCGGUCAUAUAGAGAUGUCAUGAAGUUAUGUGCUGCUCAUCUGCCAACUGAAUCAGAGGCACCAAAUCAUUAUCAGGCAGUAUGUCGUGCACUGUUUGCAGAAACAAUGGAGCUGCAUACAUUUCUGACUAAAAUUAAGAGUGCAAAGGAGAAUCUUAAGAAGAUUCAAGAAAUGGAAAAGAGUGAUGAAUCUAACACAGACCUGGAAGACCUGAAAAAUGCUGACUGGGCUCGAUUCUGGGUACAGGUGAUGAGGGAUUUGCGGAAUGGAGUAAAACUUAAGAAGGUCCAAGAGCGGCAGUACAACCCUUUGCCCAUUGAAUAUCAGCUCACCCCGUAUGAGAUGCUAAUGGAUGACAUUCGAUCUAAAAGAUACACUUUGCGAAAAGUAAUGGUGAAUGGUGAUAUUCCCCCUCGGUUAAAAAAAAGUGCUCAUGAAAUCAUCCUGGACUUCAUCAGAUCAAGACCCCCUUUAAAUCCGGUCUCAGCCAGAAAACUGAAACCCACUCCACCACGGCCACGGAGCCUCCAUGAAAGAAUAUUAGAAGAAAUCAAAGCAGAAAGAAAGCUGCGGCCUGUCUCCCCAGAGGAAAUUAGACGGAGCAGAUUAGCAAUGCGGCCACUUAGCAUGUCUUACAGUUUUGACUUGUCAGAUGUAACUACUCCCGAAUCUCCAAAGAACGUUGUGGAAUCAUCAAUGGUGAAUGGAGGUUUAACAUCACAAACAAAAGAAAAUGGGUUGCGCGCUGCACAGCAGGUGCCUGUGCAGCGGAAGAAGCUCCUCAAAGCCCCAACUCUGGCUGAACUGGACAGCUCAGACUCUGAGGAGGAAAGUCUGCACAGAUCAGCCAGUAGCAGCAGUGUGUCUCCCUCUUUCCUUGAAGAUCCCUCAGUAGAGGCUGUGUCCACGAGGAAGCAGCCCCCGAAAUUCUUGCCCAUAUCAUCGACACCCCAGCCAGAGAGACGGCAGCCACCCCAGAGACGACAUUCCAUUGAAAAGGAAACACCCACUAAUGUAAGACAGUUUUUGCCACCCUCCAAGCAGAGCUCCCGAUCUCUUGUUCCUAGGAUAACCAGUGUAUGGCCAAGGACGCCUUUCCGACCACUUUUUUCUACCAUACAAACAGCUUCUCUGCUCAGCUCUCAUCCUUUUGAAGCAGCCAUGUUUGGGGUAGCAGGGGCUAUGUAUUAUCUAUGUGAGAGAGCUUUUACCAGCAGGUGGAAAUCCUCAAAGGAGGAAUUCUGCUAUCCAGUGGAAUGCCUAGCUCUUACUGUGGAGGAAGUGAUGCAUAUUCGUCAGGUCCUGGUGAAGGCAGAGCUGGAAAAAUACCAACAGUAUAAAGAUGUCUACACCGCCCUGAAAAAAGGAAAGCUCUGCUUUUGUUGCCGAACCAGGAGAUUUUCCUUCUUCACCUGGUCUUAUACCUGUCAGUUCUGUAAGAGGCCCGUGUGUUCACAGUGUUGCAAAAAGAUGCGGCUGCCCUCUAAACCAUACUCCACUCUUCCCAUCUUUUCAUUGGGACCUUCUACCUUGCAAAGAGGGGAAAGUUGCAUGAGGCCAGAAAAAACCCCCACUGGCCACCAUCGGCCACUCCGGAGCAUUGCCAGGUUCUCCUCAAAAUCUAAGUCUGUGGACAAAUCAGAUGAAGAACUACAGUUUCCCAAAGAGUUGAUGGAGGACUGGAGUACUAUGGAGGUGUGCGUAGACUGCAAAAAGUUCAUUUCGGAAAUCAUCAGUUCGAGCCGGCGCAGCCUGGUGUUGGCCAACAAAAGAGCACGAUUAAAAAGGAAAACACAGUCUUUCUAUAUGUCCUCACCGGGCCCCUCGGAAUACUGCCCUUCAGAGAGGACUAUCAAUGAAAUCUGAGCCUGUGCCUUUCGGUUGCUUUGUGUUCAGAGUCGGCACUAGCGCGGGAGAAACACUGAGCUGCACUGUCUCCUUGCCGCGGUCUUAGUUAAUAGGCUUGAAUUCGCAUUAGAUCAGGUUUUUGCUGCAUCACGUUGUUCCACAGACUGAAUGCUGUGUUCAUAUCGAUUGAUGGUAUGUGACAGGUCAGCCGAUUGCUCCUUUGCACUGAGAGAUAACAAUAGUUUGAAACUUGCUUGUGUGUGUGUGUGUGUGUGUGUGUGUGUGUGUGUGUGGAUUUGGAGGCCAGAAACUUUUUCCUUAGUUCAGUUCCUUACUGUUCCCUCAGAUAAUUUCCUGACUAAGGCAAAAAGCUUCUCACUUGGGAAAUCAGCCUCACAAAGGCAUCGAUGUCAGCACAGUCCUAAGCAGUAAGUCAUAUUGGCAUUUCCACCUGACAGUGUUCCUAUCUAAUGUACAUAGUGACCAGGCCCCACCACACACCAGGUACCUGGAGUCGGGGCCAGGCUGCUCAUCAUCUCAUGGCACAAAACCUGGAAGGGUUUGUUCAUUCUGUCAAACUGACUUUAAAUUAUUGUUGCUCUGAGAUAAAGACUCCGAGGGACUUCACGCCUGCAUUCUAGUGCAAAACAUCUGGAUAAGCCGUACACCCAAGUGGGUGACCGUUUUCCUCCAAGCUGCUGUGUUUGCCCCAGUGCAAUGGAUCAGUGUCUCCUGAGUGGGUGACAGGUUUUCAUUCCCUUUCUUGAAUGUAUUAUGGUUACUUGUAGUUUUGCAACAGAGGUCUAAGAAUUAAAGUUUUGUGGGAGUUUCAGGAGAAAGGAACGCCAAAAGUCUGUCAAGAAGUUGAGUGUGUUUUGGGUAACUAUGGGGAGGGUUGUGACCGCACAGGGUGCCAGCUAUUGCCGCGCCACGGGGACUGAGCUGGAGCUCUUCCGUUUUCAGCUGCAUUUUUCAUAACUGUAUAGUCUUAGCCAUCACGACUAAAUUAAGCCACAAUUUGGUAUCUAAGGUCUCAAACUGAAAUUUAUUUUUAUAAAUGAAUUUUAAGGGAAAAAACAUUGUCUAGUUCUUUUAAAAUUACAAGAAAAUUAACCCACCAAUAGGCUUUUUGGAUGCUUUUUGCACAAGUUUUCCUUGUAAAUGACUGGAGUGAGUAGGGUGGGUUUUUGAUGAAGUAGGUUGGAGGAUGGCAUUAUAUACCUGAAAUUUCUCCGCUUGUUUGUCCCAUUCCAGGAGCUGUACUUUAUUAUUUUAGUAUGCUUAGAAAUGACCAAAUUGCCAUUGAUGUUUGGAAAAUCAGUGAAUGCACAUACGCAAUAAUUUCCUGAAAGCUAUAGGACACGCCUGUAGUCAGCACUGCAACAGCACCAUUACAUAAGAGGCAUGGCAGUCACAUUUCAUACCACAGCAGAGUAGAGUAACAUUUCUAUAUUAGAUUAACAGUAAUACCUCAGAACUGCUCUGGUAGUAGUUUUUAAUGGAUUGAAAUUUACAAUUUAGUAAAUGGCUUAAAAUUACUUAUACUUAACGAAAUAAACUUUACCAAUUGACUAAAA